UCCUACUCUCCGGGGAUGUGCAACUCAAUCAUGGGCCUAACAUCACCGAGCCAGCGAUACUCACCGGAGUGGAUGGCCUCGUCCACUGAUCGUCGCCGCUGUGGAAGUGGCAGAUUGGAGGCGGUGGUGGUGGAUAACAGUGAUGGCUCCUAUUCCAUCGCCUACACCCCCGUAGAGCCAGGGUCCUACUCUGUGUGGGUGUGUGUCAAGGCCCAACACGUUAAGGUUUCCCCUUUUGUCCUAAAUGUGAAGAGAAAGGUCCAGCGGCACUGUGGAAUGUUCCACAUGUUGUUCUUUCUGUUCCAGUGGGGGUUUUAAUGUACAGCAGACUACAGAGUAUUUG